AUGGACUUUCAGUCAGCGUCGAUCUCGGAUAUAGAGAAGGAAUUUACGAUCGGCUUUGCGAUCGCAGUCUUUAAGGAUAUAAACCAGGUCGCCCGACUCCUGAGAAUAAUUUAUCGACCACAAAAUUUCUACGUCUUCCAUGUGGACCGUAAAUCCAGCGACGAGUUCUAUCGGGCAGUCGUGGAGGUGCAGAAGUGUUUUGGUGAAAAUGUUCACGUCGUGCAACGAGAAGAGAGUGUGAACGUGCGUUGGUUCACCUUUACCGUCCUCGGGCUGGAACUAAUUUCAGCAAGAAAACUGCUGCAAAUGGGACAAUGGAAGUAUUUCAUCAACCUGACGGGUCAAGAAUUGCCGCUGAGAACUAAUUUGGAACUGGUAUUGGCUCUGAGGGCCCUAAAUGGUUCGAAUUUGGUCGAGGGGACUGUCAGGCAUCGGAAUUCAGAUCGAAUACCACAGGUUAACUUGUCCUUUCCGGUAGGUUGGAUCGGUACUUUUAUAAUUCCGUUCGUUGAGAUUUGCCUGCAGUUUUACAGUCGCGAUUAUUACAAGAAUAUGUAUUUUGCGCUUUAGGACACUGAAAGAACUCUAAAUCAUCGUAUCGCUUCUUCUGCAAAUUGUAGACAAACGCUUCAUCAAACGUGCCAUAAAUACUGCUACUUUAACUUAAGGCAAGCGCUCAGAUAUUGUUCAUCAAUCUCAGAAAUUAUCGUCAAAUGUCUACAUAUGGCUAUCCGUACCCUACGAGAGUAGAGGAAUUGAUAAUCUCGAUUUCUCACUGGCACGCUUGCUAUUGGUUCUCAAGUAGCACACAGUUUUCACAGGAGUUCAGUUCACCCCUUUGAUACUUAAGAUUAAUCACGAUAGAGUAGCUGGUAAGCCUGUAGGUUCGCCAACUAGGUACGUACCCAUCGUAGCAUAAGAAUUUUUUUCUAGUUGAUUUGUUCGAUGUUGACAAUAGUGAUGAUAUGGUAGUGGGUUUUGCAGCUAUUUGUGAAUGAUGAAGGACACGACAAUACCCAGAAACAUAGUAUGCAUUUGCAAGGAAUAAAGUUUUGACAAAUAAUCUAGCCACUGAAUGCACCUCUCUCGUAGUUGGUCUUGGAAUCAGGCCAGAUAAGAGACGGAAUAGAAAUAGUUUAGUUCUGAUUGAUCUACCAUGCAGUAAGUGAGCUAACUCAUGAAAUGUCGACCGAAAUUACGAAAUGCGUUUUCAUUUCGAAAAGAUUAAUUUAGCAGGAUUGCAAAACUAAUUAUCGUGCAGCAUAAUUAUGUAGCAAUUCGGGUACCUCGGAAAUGCUGGCUUUUGAACGAACUUCGUUCCGCAACAUGCAAAAACUACACUUCGCAAACAAGGACUGCUUAAUUAGAAUGCACUUUUCUCAUUUAUUUUCGACAACCUUAAAAUGCAACUAUAUUUCACGGAAAUAUGUAUACAAGUAUUCAUCCUCUCACUGGGUAGAAAAUGACGUCUUCUUUCUAUUUUAUACUAGGGCGAAAGGCAUAAUACUAUUUUCAAAUGCUUUUCCAAGUCCCUAAUACCUUUGAGCCCGACCAGCCGUUACACUUGAAUUCAGGGUUUCCAAACUACAAACCGUAUAUUUUCCGCUUACGGAAAACAAUACGCUUCACUACAGUAUUAAGAGGAGACUAUAUGGAGGUUUUAAAAUGCAGCAAUUAAGUUGAGCCAUAUUAUAAACUUUACAAGCCACAUUGGUAAAUGCAAAGACAUGACGUCUUAUGAACGGACAAUCCACGGUAUUAAAAACUCGUACUUAGAAACAUUUUUAAACCAAAUUAUACCAUUCCGUCUAGUAUACAGUUGAAAGACGUCGUCAUUUACUACCAAAUGAGCGAAAGUAUGAAUAUUUUCAUGUAUAUUUCCAUAAAAUACAGUUGUAUUUUUAGAGUAUCGAAAACUAAUGAGAAAAGUGCCUUCUAAUUAAGCAGUCAUUUUUUGUAGAGUGUUGUUUUUGCAUGCAGCCGGAAAGAAGUUUUUUCAAAAGCCAGCAUUCGCGAGGUAACUGAACUACUGCACAUUUAUACUGCACGAUAACUAGUUUCAAAAUUAUGCUUUGUUGAUUUUUUUCGAAACGAGAACGCAUUUCAUAAUUUCGUUCGACAUUUCAUGAGUUAGCCCACCAACUGUAUUUCAAGUAGAAUUAAUAUUUAAAGUCCCAGACAUUUGUUUCACCGAUUUUUCCGCUGCUGCCCGACGUAGCUAAUCAAUGAGUCCUACAGCGUGGUUCAUCUCCAUUUUGACACAUUCGUCAUUUUAGCACGUCGAAUGUGUUUUUAUUUUUCCAGUGCUGCUGAAAAUGCCAACAAACCAGUGAAAGGUUCGGACUUUAGUAGGCAACAAAUCUUCCUUCGUAUAAACGCUAAAUGCACACAUUGCUCUUCCUCCGGUCUGAGCAGGUGUUUCUCGGCAUGUGGUGAGGAACGGCAGUUGCAGAAGACAGCUCGUUUUGGCUUGCUCCUCCCCUUUAUAUCGCAGGGUUUCGAUAUCCAUGAACUUUUGUUACUGGCAGUUUUAUUACCUCAUAGUCUGUAAGUAACUUCUCAAAAAUCCCAUUCGAUGGGUUCUUCUCGCCAAAGAAGUGGAUGAAUGCAACAUUUCUUGUCGUCCAAAAGUGAUUAGAGUGACUUUACGUAAUCUGGUUGAAAAAUACUCCUUCAUCCGGGAAUCACUGCCUCUCGAGAAAAUUGUUUCAUUUGACCUGUACUGCCAUUGGUAUUCGCCCCUGUCAUGUAUGGCCAUAUCUACCUAUGAUGGAUAUUUUAACCGUGUGGAAUCCCUAUUUUCCAAACGGUCUGCAUUACAAAAAAUGUGUUAGGUCAACAUUCUACUGUAAGGACGUCAGUUGCAUGACUCAAGCGUAAUCAUGAUAUGACAGAAUAUUCUCUUGUGUGUACUUGUCAACAGGUUACAUGGGUGAAAGGGGGAGUACACGCAGCGCUGAGAAGGGAGUUUGUGGAAUUCAUGCUGUUUGAUCCAAAGGCCAAUGCAAUUAUGGAAGCUCUCAAAACGCACUCUUACAACAAAUGUCCGGACGAGCAGUUCUUUGCUACGCUCGUCUACAAUCCCCAGCUCGGUGCGCCUGGAGCCUGCUUACGUGUUCAUGAAUCGGAUGACGAUGCCGUGGACGCAAGCCGCCUUCACUAUCUCAUCCGCUACAAGAAAUGGUACGGCAAGGACUGCCCCACGAAAACUCAACGUGCAAUUUGUAUCCUCGGAUCAAUGAGCCUUUCAAGUUUGGAGAAGGCGCAGGAACUUAUUGCGAACAAAUUUCACGAAGACUAUUAUCCCGAGGCUUACGAUUGUCUAGAACUCCAUCUCUUGCAACGGACGUACAACCCACAACCAUUCAACUCGACCCCGUACGCACGGCUGUACUGCUCGCAGGAGCACUUGUGACUGUCCCAACAUCACUACGGGAGCCGAGUUGGACACCGUUCUGCCUUAUAAUUUGCGUGAAUUCCUAUUUUUUACCCAAGGAAGUGGCUUUUUUGUAAAUACGUAUGCUUUGAAGACAUUUUUGUUAAGACUUACAGGUUCAUAGGUUGUGUUGAAGAAAAACAUGCAAUGACAGAUACAAAAACCUGCUCACUACACAUAUGAACCGUUCUACAAAGCGUGACGUUUAUAGCGGCCUGCACACAGGUGUGUCGAUUGAGGUAUAGUACGCACACGCAUCGACACCCUCCUGUCCCGAAUUUACGGAGACGGCCGUAUUCUGACGAGUUAUCUAUGAAAAAGAUGUUCCGCCUACCGUGUAAUAUACUGUGAAAUGGCCGCGUAUGAAUUACUCGUCACCAAUGACCCCACAUAUAUCGAAUUCAGAGUGGGAGUUUCUGAUUGCAGGAAGGAAACGGCCAGCCCGGGAGGUUAUAUGGCGACGAAUAAUAUGAACGAGAUGACAAAAUGCUUCAGUCCCGGUUCGUUCAGUUACGUCUUGUCAGUUGGGACGAAAUAUUUGAAUGUACAGGGAAGUUUCCUUCGUCACUGAUUUUGAUUACAAGCUAGUCGUUGUAGACCACAUAACGUCUGAAUUGAUUCCUGAGAGCAAGACUGACGGGAUAACGCAUUACUCGGCUGGCAUUAAUUUAUGUCUGUUUGCAUUUGCGUAGCGUUUCUGCCUGAAAAGCAGUCAAUUUUUUGAUCAUAGGUGUUGGAUCCAGCGUAACUGUAUGUUAGUACUUCUAUCGUCCCGCGCGGCUUGCCAAUUCUGCCACUCCGUUUAACUGAAUAUGCCAGUCCGCGAUUAAAAUGAUCUCCUUAAUCCGUCCUUAAACUGAACCCAUUUCAGGUUCUUGUACUGCAACAUCCAUCCUCCAGAUAAUUUCCACACCAUUGUUUUCUUUCAUUUCACCGAGUAAAUUCUAAGUAUUCUCCUCAAACGCAACUCGAGGUCGCACCUAGUACUCCAUUCACCUCUUGCUGCAUGUGGAAUUUUACACAUUUCUCAGAGUGGGUAAAAGGCGAUUUCAUUCAUUGGGUAUGGCAUAGAAAAGUGUUUUCUGAAAUUGAUGAACGCUUCGCUCACGGACAAAUUACAGUGUGCCUACUUGCACGGAGAAGUUCUCGUAUUUUAAGGUAUAGUUAGGAAACAUGGAAUUUUUACUGACAUAUCUGAUAAGCCUUCAAAGGGACUAUAUCACUCAGGAAAAGUUACCGAUAAAGCAGGGUAAGAAGUGGCGUAAACCCACGUAGACCCUAACACGGCGGCAUCGUCGAACAUGUGGGCGUCUACCAGUCACAGAAUGCUUUAUUUUUUCGCGCUAAUGUCCGAUGCAUGUAUAACUGCAGCCAUAUUUCAUUUAGGAGGUGUAUGCAAAAUUCGUGUUAACGUAUUUUUUGUGAGAAAACAGAUUUUCUCUUUACUUUUACAUUUAAACGAAGUAAGUUAUUUUACUGUUUGAAAAACCUCCUAGUAAUGGUGUACUAAUUAAUUAAUUCUCUGAUCAUCCGCACUCAGGAAAGACCAAAGAUCACAGUACUAGUGUUUUCGAGUAAAUAUGAAGAUAAAUCAAAUUAUGUAUCGUUACACUUUGCUGAGCAAGAAUUCCGCAAUACAUUUGAGGCAUCAUCCACGGGAACAGAACACACUUGUAUGUGUCUAUCAAAGACGGAAUCUCUCUGAUCCAAAGGUUUGCGACUUUCUGCCGUCUUAAUGAAAUUCACGGCAAUGAAGAGUUUGAUUUAGCAUUUCAGUUAUUCGUGCAAGUAAUAAUUUUGGUUUUGCGUUGACCUACCAAAGGCAUAAUCUAUGUGCAGGAGUCUUUUACUUUUUGACAGGCCCUAGAACUUUGUCAGAAACAUCGCCUUUAUUUGAUCUGUGAGUUUUAUUUUCAAGUUCUUGUUGUCCUAGUAAAUGGCCAUGUUGGUUAAACCAAAUACAUGUCUAUGAUCGAUUUUUUGAAAUUUCAGUGUAUAACUGUUUUAGUGGUGGUAUACACAAUUUCUGAAAUUCACAUGUAUGCAAAUCAAGCGAAGAGAUUUAUUUUUGAUGAAAGCAUUCUCAAAAAUCAGUCUCUUGGAAUUUACAGGGUUGAUCUAAAGUUUCAGCCAAAGGGCUCUUGAUAAAUCUUCAAUUGUCAAGUGCGUAAAAAUAGUCCAUUUCAUGAGCAUUGGUAAAGGGAAAAAUAAGGUUCCUGCAAGUGACCUCAGAAUAACCGGCACGAACGUUACCUUGGUCAGGUUUGAGAAGAUAGAACUGGGGCCUUCGUUUUGCGUACCACGAAACGGUUGCUUAAAUUAGUUUUAUGUAAAAGAUGCAUAAAAUAAAUUAAUUUAAUUUGCCUGCAUAUAGGGUUAAUCAAGUAGUUGAGGGAGUGAAUUGUUUCUGUUUGGCUUAUCAAUAUGAAAAAUUAUAUUGGGGCAUGCGUGGUAUCCCCUUGAAACUCCAUUGUCCAAAAUUUUGCAAAAUGAAGGGAUCACUUCUGGAGUUUUGAUAAAAAACAACACAUGAGGAUGAACUUCUCCCCUAUACGAAAGUGGAUAUGCAACGGAGAAGAUCUCGCUUCUCGGCCGUCCGCACAGGCUUCGGGCUAUUAAUCAAAUGCGAAUAAAACGGUGUCCACGAAACAGCCAUCAUUUAACACAGAAUACAAUGACACGCUCAUCUCUCUUAACGCACCCAAGUAGAAAGCGUAGAAGAAGUCGCCGAUUAAGGCAGUACACUCUCAGGUAGCGACGAAAUCGACAAUAAAGCUGCCUUUUGGAUCUCGAAGCCAUCGGGAGCUUCGUCAGGAAUUACCAUGGUUCCCAUCUCAACAUAAAACUCAAGAUGUACAGGGCAGCUCUCCUACUGACUCUAUGCUAUGAGACGGAGAAAUGAAUCUUCUACGCCGACUAAGACAGAAAAUGUAAUCACUUUUGUUCCAGUGCUCACCGGAGAUUAUUAAACCUCCGGUAGCAAAACAGGAUUUUAAACACACAAGUCUUUGUGCGAAAAAACAUGCUCAACAUUAACGUCAUCCUGAGGCAGCUACAAUUGCCUUGGAGUGAAAACACCCGGCGAUCGCUGAAGAGCUUUCAUCCGUGCCAUUCUUGUUCUACGACGUCGCUACGUUGCUUCCUGAAACACGAAAAAACGAUGGUUAAGAACACUCUGAAACCUCUUUUGAGCAACUGGAAAUCAACACGGAAACUUAAGAUGACCUCGUCCAAGAUUUGCCGGCCGAGGGAAGAGGAGUAAUGGCUGGAGGUGAGAUCUACGGGGAUAACCGCAUAACAAUUGCCAAACCAAAAGGAGCGACCUACAAAUCUGAAGCGUCUCCAGCCCUAAACAUCAACGCCCAGGCUACUUAAACAAGUGCAAGCUGCCAAGGAACAUUCGGUUCACGCAUCCACCUCGUUGAACAUCUCCGAACCCAAUACAACAACAACCCGACAACUGCACCUGCUGCUAACAGAACCGGAAAAGCGAGUUCCGGAAGAAGGCAGUCACGAAAAAUGAGAUACGAUCGAUGAAACAAAGUCAGAUUAGGCUGAUGUUUCUGGUUCUCACCCGAAUCCAUCAUCAGAGGCAGAGGCAGGCAAGGGUGGUGAAUUGCUCAGAUGUUGCAGUUUUCAGGGGUUGUGGUUGCUAGGCCGCCACAUGCCUAUCAUAGUGGGCAGCCCAAAGGUGCAUGAAGGUUCGACUGGUCACGUGUUGCGGUAUGCGGUUGCCAUGUCGUUGCUACGCCGAUGCGUGCCGGUCAGGAUUAUCAACCCCCUCGCUCAUCGCGUGCAAUCGAGGUGCAGGCGAUCGCGUCUCAUUCUUUUUAUCUGCUGUGUUUGUGAACAGCCUGCACUAACACCCACGGCCCCCAAGACGGCGACCUCCUCCAUCGCCGAUCACAUUGAUGAUGCCCCGACUCCGCCUCCUCCGUCAUCGUCGACCACCACCACCACCACCACCACCACCACCACCACCACCACCACCACCACCACCACCACCACCACCACCACCACCAUCCCUGUCACAACUCUCAGUAUGA